AAAAACUCUACUCCUCCAUAAUCUAUCACUUUAUCUCCUUGGGGUUAUAUAUAUGGAUAUUGAACCAUGGAGUACAACUCAACAUUAUAAUAUAAUGUUCAUUAUUAAUUUAUUCUCCCCCCUCAAAAAACUAAAAAAUUAUAAUAUAAGGUCCCAUUAUUCUACUAUAUACUCAUAACUCUCAUACAACCAAAUCUUUUUCAACUCCCGAUUCCUCUUGUCUACCUUCUCUCUCUCUCUCUCCAGCUCACCACUCUUCUCUUUUCCACCGCCAUUUUCAUUUCGCCGGAAAACCUCCGAUUUCCGGCGAAAACCUCCAUUUUCCGGCGAAACUCCGACUACCCAUUUUCCCAAAUAAAGGAGAAAACAAAGAAAAACAGUUUUUUCUCUCUCCUAAAAUUUAAUUUUUCAGUGGGUAGUAAUAAGAGUGAACAAAAAUGUCAAUAUACGACGCCGCAUUUGUGAACUCAGAGCUUUCAAAACCAACUUCAAUCUUCGGACUUCGUUUAUGGGUUGUUAUCGGAAUCUUUGUAGGGUCCACCAUCGUCCUCCUUCUGUUCCUUCUAUCACUCUGCAUCACUUCUCGUAGGUCCCACAAUAACAACAACAAUAACAACAGUAAACUUUCUCUCUCCUCUAAUAAUAAUAAUAAUGCCGUUAAUGCUGACGUCACUCCUCCGAUCUCAAAGGAAAUCAAGGAGAUAAUCCCAGCCGUCCAUCAACAUAAUCAUCAUCAUCAUCACCGUCCGAUUAAUGGGGCACCUGAGAUCCAGAUCGACAUCGGAAAAUCCGAACAUCGUGUUGUGUUUUCCGACAAAGCUCCGUCAAGUGGGGAGAGUUUAAGGUCUAAUAAUUAUACUUAUGGGAGUAGUGAUAAUAAUGGUAAUGUUAAUAAUAGUAAUAGUAAUAGUGGGAAUAAUCAUUAUAAUCAUAAUACGACGUCGUAUGGAGGUCCAGAAGUUUCUCAUUUAGGUUGGGGAAGAUGGUAUACUUUGAGAGAAUUAGAAUUGGCUACAAAUUGUUUGUCAGAUGAGAAUGUCAUUGGUGAAGGUGGCUAUGGAAUUGUUUAUCAUGGGAUUUUGCAGGAUAAUACUCAAGUUGCUGUCAAGAAUCUCUUGAAUAAUAGGGGUCAAGCUGAGAAGGAAUUUAAAGUGGAAGUUGAAGCUAUCGGACGUGUUAGACAUAAGAAUCUUGUUAGGUUGCUUGGGUACUGUGUUGAGGGAGCUUAUAGGAUGCUUGUAUACGAGUAUGUGGACAAUGGCAAUUUAGAUCAGUGGCUUCAUGGUGAUGUCGGUGAAGUAAGCCCUGUUACAUGGGAAAGUCGAAUGAACAUCAUUUUGGGAACAGCUAAAGGGUUGGCAUAUCUUCACGAGGGUCUUGAACCCAAGGUUGUGCAUAGAGACAUCAAGUCUAGCAACAUACUUAUUGAUCGGCAAUGGAAUUCAAAAGUUUCUGAUUUUGGCCUUGCUAAGUUGCUUGGUUCCGAGAUGAGUUACGUAACAACUCGUGUCAUGGGCACUUUUGGAUAUGUAGCUCCAGAAUAUGCUUGUACUGGUAUGUUGACUGAGAAGAGUGACGUUUAUAGCUUUGGAAUACUUAUUAUGGAGAUAAUAUCAGGGAGAACCCCUGUUGAUUACAGUCGCCCACCUGGAGAGGUAAAUUUGGUGGACUGGUUAAAGACAAUGGUGGGUAAUAGAAGAUCUGAGGAAGUUGUGGAUCCUAAAUUGCCUGAGAUGCCAACUUCAAAAGCAUUGAAACGUAUUCUUUUAGUUGCUCUUAAGUGUGUUGACCCAGACGCACAGAAGAGGCCAAAGAUGGGACAUGUUAUCCACAUGCUUGAGGUGGAUGAUUUGUUAUUCCGUGAUGAACGUCGAGCUGGGAAAGAUUCGUCCACUUCUAGUCAUGACCAUCCACAAGAGAAGUCUAUUGCAGUUAAAGCUGAUGCUAAGCAUUUGCAGGAAGGCAGUAGAGACAAGAGUGAGAGUGAGAGUGAGAUUGACAGAGACCAUCAUCACCAACCAGACAGACGGAGAUAGUUUGUAAAUGGGUACCGUCUGCUUUCAUUUUUACACUCAAAUUCUAGAAGCUCAGUUUAUCCAUUGAUUAUAUUCCCUCAUUUUUCUCACUCUGUAACUUUAUCUUCUACAAAGUAAUAUAUUUCACUCCACUAUAUCCUUAUUUUUUUCAUUCAAAUUUCUCUCCUUUAAGAAAAAUUCUACCUGCUUCUUAGGACCAAUCUGUACAGUGAGACUUUUUCUUUUCUUAGUUGAAACUAUUUCAUAAUUGAAAGAAUUAAUAUCUACCAUA